UCACGGUGCACAGCCGUCCUUUGUGCCUCCUCAGUGGCAUUAAUGAAGGUAAACAGCUCUGAGCAAACGUUACGAAACUGUGUCUCGUGCCCAAAAAACACAGGCGGCUCGAGAAGACAUCCAAACGGCGCGAAACCAAGCUUGGAUUAUUCGCCAUGUUUGCCUAUGUCAAAUACACAGACGGCUAUAAAGCUAUUGUUCCAAUUUCUUAUAUACAAAACUUUGACCUGAAAACAAACCUCUAUAUCCAAUUCUUUGGGAAGAUGAGUACUUUAAUGGCCAGGUUCUCCUACUGAAAGAAACCCGAGACGAGAUUGAGGAGCUAACUGUUAAUCCUCCGAAAAGGAUUCGAGUCCCCAAGAUCCACCUGGAAGACGGCGUUGCAGUGGAGAAACAUGAGGGGACAUCCAGAGAAAAGGACGGCUUAAAAAAAGAAGGCAGUAUGUUUCCUGAAUGAUUCAAAGAUACUUUGAUGGUAAAUUCAUCCAAACUUUGCGCUCUGAUGUGCUCAUUGGAGACGUGUGCUCUGCACCUGCCGAUCACAAACGGAGGGAAAUCGAGACUCAUCAGACCAGGCGACAUUUUUCCAGUCUUCAACUGUCCAAUUUUGAAAACCAAAUCAGUGACCUCUCAACACUGUGUCAUUGCACCUUUGACACCACCAGCAAUCAACAACCCCACUUCAGAGAGGGACCCACUUCAGCCGACGCCUUGUCCAAACCUUUUGGGAUGAUCCACAUUGGAAAAGACAUGUGGCUGCGUGAGGAGGUGUGGAGAAAAAUCCACUCUACAACAAAGGACUCACUCUUUGUAAAAGAGUUGGCUGUAGCCAUCUGGGGUACGGUAGAGUUGAGGGGAAGAAGCGUGUCUGGGAAGGAAUGCCCAACAAAAAAUACCGAAGCAAAGCCUCCCUUAUCACAUACAAGCUUGGAAUCCUCAAAGAGCACUUCAGUGUAUGGUUGAAGGCACAGAACAUGGAGAAGACAGAGAGGGAGAAGAGGGAGAAGCUUGUGGGAUACUACAUUUCACAAAAAAUUCAAGACCUUAUGAAAAAAGAAAAAAAAACUUAAAACAAUUGUGGAUCUGGACAGUUUUGUUACCAAUGCUGUUUUUGAUAUAAAUUAAAUUCUGAUAUGUAUUCACCCUUCAUGUCAAAGUUGGGCUAAUGUUAAUUUAUUAAGUGUAUAAUAAAAAAAAUGUAUAAAUUAAA